AUGUUAGAAAAUUCUCAGAAGUCAAACAUUUCUCCAGUUAACUUUGAAAUUUCUACUCCGCCAUCAAAUGAAAAUAAAGUUGAUAGUUUUAGUUCAAAAUUAUCAAAUUUAGAAGAAAAAAAUAACUUUGGAAGAUUAAAAAAUGAUUGUAAAGAAAUAAAUUUUUUAUUUAAAUUUAAUCAACAAAUGGUAGAAAAAAGUAUAAAUAAUAAAAGCGAAGAAAAAAUGAUAACAAAUUAUUUUUCUACUUUUGAUCCAUUAAAAGAAAUAGAUGAAGUCUCUUUAUAUUCUGAUGAUUACUUUGAACCAGCCAAAAAACGUCCUCCUAUUUCAAAGUACGAGAUUAUACCUGGUAGAAGAGUUAUUAUGGCAUGCAUACCAGAAAAUAUAUAUUAUUGA